ACGGCGCCCAGUCGACGCGAGUAGAGUGACGCGUCGACCCGCGUUGACUGACGCAUUCGAAUUUCGAACACCGAAUUCGACAUGAAAAUUCAAAAUUCGUGCCCUUGCCUUGUUCCAAUUUCAAAAAGUUUAGUGACGGACGCGAUAAAGUGUCGUGAAGUUCAAUCGCUCGUAUUCGCGCUUCAUUUGAAAAUCGAAAGUGUAAACAGUGAGUGAACGAUUUCAGUGCGAUCUCUGUGUACUGAAAUCAAUUUGCGAAAAUGUUUCGCAGUGGAAUAAAUGGAAUGCUAAAUUAAAAGUGAAUGAAAUCGAGUGGUAGUAUAGUAAGCAAGAGUCUCGUAAGGAUUUAGGAUUAUGCCAUAACUAAUAUAAUAAGUCAACGGUUAUAAUGAUAUAACCAGAAUUUCACAAUAAAAAAAAAUUCAAUAUGCCUAAACAACCAAACAAAGUGACUUUAGAAAAAUCAGUUCAGUACUAAAAAAAAAAGUGAAAAAAAGCCUAAAAAUGCCAUCGGCACUAGACCUCGAGCCGUUCAGUCAACCGGAGUGGAGCGAUUCCAGCGAUUCAUCGGAUCCUGCUCCACUGCCACAACUCACGCUGGGAUACUUUGUGCCAGUCAGGUGUAAAUGCGACAGGAACUCACGACACGUGUGUCGGAGAAGCAGAAGAGAAUCUCCCCGCUCACGUCGGUCCGUGUCGCAAUGCUCCUGCAACAGCAUAUCCCGUCGGUCGUCGGUAGCCGCGUCCCCCAUGCCGAUGCCGCUGCCACCCCUCAACAACACCAUGGAGAUGUAUGUCGAACCCGUCGUCGAAAACACAACAGAACGCAACUCAGGUUGGGAGACACAUAGGGUCAGACUGAACCGCGUCCCAGGCUACGGGUUCGGCAUCGCUGUGUCUGGCGGCAGAGACAACCCUCACUUCGCGAGCGGCGACCCGUCCAUCGCUGUGUCUGACGUACUUCGAGGAGGACCGGCGGAAGACAAACUACAAGUAAACGACAGGAUAGUAUCAGUAAACGGAGUACCAUUAGAGAAUGUGGAGUACGCACGAGCGGUGCAAGUCCUCAGGGAGUCCGGGGCGACGGUCUCGCUCGUGGUACGACGGCGAGCCCCCGCCCCGCCGCCCACCGCGCCCACCACCAUCAAACUCGCGCUCACGAGGAACGGGAAGAAGGAAGACUUUGGCAUAGUCCUAGGAUGCAAAAUCUACGUCAAAGAGCUGACGAUGCGCGCGAGGGAACAGCUAAACCAGGCAGGACAAGGCCUCUGUGAGGGCGACGUGAUCGCGCGUAUAAACAACACGGCCGUCACGGACGCUAUGACGCUGAAGGAGGCGAGGAAGCUCGUGGAGUCGUGCAAGGAUCGGCUCAACUUGGUGGUCACCAGGGAACUGAUCAGGGAGGAGACGGUCACCAAUGGGAAUUACCAGAAUAAUUAUAGUAGUUUAGAAGCAACACCACACACCACAUAUCCCAACAGUGGGGAAGCUAUGUCCAGUCCGUACUCCAGCAGUGGGCAGAACCUGUACGUAGCAGCUCCAGUGAGGGGUGCGGACAACAGACGAGGUCCGAUGUCACUCGACGAGCAGCCACCAAGACCGCCGCCACCUAGGAAUGAUGAUUAUUACAGCAGUCGGAGGCAACUUUAUGAAGAGGAUGGAAUGACAAAUCAAAGAAAUAAACCACCGAGUGAACCUCGGUUAAUAAGUUUUCAAAAAGAAGGUUCGGUGGGUCUGAGACUGUGUGGGGGCAAUCGCUCCGGGGUCUUCGUGUCUGGCGUACAACCGACCAGCCCAGCCGCGCUACAGGGCUUGCAACCUGCUGACAAGAUACUUAAGGUGAAUGACAUGGAAAUGAAAGGCGUGACCCGAGAAGAAGCAGUGCUGUUUCUACUGAGCUUACAGGAACGGAUAGACCUCAUAGUGCAACACUCGCCCGACGAAUACAACGCCGUUGCAAGCGGACAGAUGCCGGGAGACUCAUUUCACAUCAAGACGCAUUUCCAUUAUACCGAGCCGACGGAGGGCGAAAUGUCCUUCCGCUGCGGUGACGUAUUCCAUGUAAUGGACACUUUGCACAAUGGAACCGUUGGCGCUUGGCAAGUCUACCGGAUAGGUCGCAACAACCAGGAAGUCCAAAAAGGCACCAUACCAAACAAGGCGCGAGCCGAGGAGCUAGCUACAGCUCAGUUCAACGCCAACAAAAAAGAGAUGUCAGGGAACGACGUCAAACACAACUUCUUCAGGCGGCGAAGAUCCACGCAUAGACGGAGCAAGAGCCUUGGGAAGGAGCACUGGGACGAAGUAGUGCUAUCAGAUAGCAUAAGCAAGUUCCCAGCCUAUGAGAGGGUAGUGCUAAAGCAGCCUGGCUUCGUUAGACCCGUCAUAGUUCUGGGUGCAGUGGCCGAUAUAGCGAGGGAAAGGCUUUUAUCCGAUAGUCCUGACAAGUUCUCUUCGCCAAAAAUGGACAGCACGCUGGAAGAUAGCAAGUCCAAAUCUACCAGCAUCAUACGUCUGUCAAGCAUCAGAAGUAUAAUGGAGCGGGGAAAACAUGCUCUGCUGGAUAUCACUCCAAAUGCCGUGGAUAGACUGAACUAUGCCCAGUUUUACCCCAUCGUUAUCUUCCUGAAAGCGGAUAAUAAGCACAUUAUUAAGCAACUUAGAAGCGGUUUACCAAAGUCAGCCCACAAAUCAUCCAAAAAGCUACUUGAGCAGUGUCAACACAUGGAGCGUGUGUGGGGCCACGUGUUCACGCACACCAUCACGCUGAGCGAGGCCAACCAGAACACGUGGUUCAGCAAACUGUGCGACCUCAUACAGCGCACACAGCAGCAACAGCUAUGGGUGUCUGAGACUAAGAGGCCAGAGCCGCUGUCGGACGACUUUUUAUUCUCGAUGUCAUCGACUUCGGAAAACAGAUUGUCGUACGCAUCUAGUCCAGAAAGUGACUUAGAAGUGAGUCCCCCUCCGGCGCCAAGACUGGUGAAAUCAUCUUCAGACCCAUCGAUAGCGACUACUCAAGAUAACAUGGACCGCGAUGAUGACAUGAAUCACUUGGCCGACGCGGUGCCUCCGCCGUAUUCGCAAGGUGGCUACGACAGUAAAUACGGAUUUGCGAACGGCAACAACGUGCAAAGCAAUGGGCCUAAUCACAACCAGAACAUGGCACCGAGCAAUGAAGCGCCACCUUACCAGUGCAAUCCCAUGACCCAUUCACCGCCGCAUUCACCUUUAUAUGGAACAGUGCCAGAGUUACCCCCGCGCACGCAAGCAGCGGUGACGCGGCCCGCAGGAGGGGUGCUACUACCCGUACCACCGCCCGCUAGACCUCACCACGGCCUCAGGCAUAAUCCUACGAACCGUCCAAGUGCGCAAGAGCGUUUGUUCGGGCCCAAAGAGGGUAACGAUGAUACUGCCACGUACAGUGCCCGGCCUGCGCACGGGCAGGGCUCGCUUGAUAGGCAUCGACAUCCCAAUAACCCGCAGAACUCGUACGACGGCACGGCAAACUACGAGUACCCCGGCAGCACGUCAAACAACAACUCCAUGGGCUCGUGUCGUCUACCGCCCAACGCGCCCGAUGACCUCAAAGUCGCCCCGCCUACCAUUAAACUGGAUCUCCCUCCGGCUUCAAACCCCGCGGCGAUGGCUGGUCAGAGUCCUCAGCGGAAUUCCAACUCGCACGAGCACAACUCCCUCGACUAUAACAGAACUCCUGAAAACAAUUACCGGCCAACAGAUAACUACCGCACCCCGCAAUCCCGGCCACCGCCCAUGAACGGUAACAGUCCGCACGCGCAGAACGCCCACAAUCCUCACAAUGCGCACAACACCCACAAUGCUCAUAAUGCGCACAACGCUCACAACGUGCCCACUACGCCCAUGCACGCACGAGGACCAUCAUUACCCAACGUGCCCACUAAUGAUCACGCUAAGUACAGUGCGCGGACCAACUCAGCCUCACAAGCGGACUACACCGGCAGAGCUCCACCCUACAAACCGGUACCACCUCCUAAGCCGAAGCACUACCGACCUCCCGACCAGCCGCACCAACAGAUGCCUCCGCAUCAGCACCAGUCACAUCCGAGGAACGGGAGCAUGGAGGCAGUGCCGAGCCCAGGCGUGGUCGCGGGUGGGCCGGGGGUACCUGCAGGGGGUGCGGGGGGAAUGCACUACUCACACACACACUCACACUCGCAGCCUCACCGCCCGCCGCCGCACGGACACCCAUAUCACCAGCAAAACAUGUACGGUGGCGCGGGCGGUCAGAUGGUGACUCAGUCGCCGCCAUACGCCGGCCCGCCCUCGCAUCGAGCAAUCAACCUGCCACAUAACCCGCAUCUUAUUGAUUUAGCCGGCAGCCGGGAACAGCGCGGAUCCGCAUUCGAGCUUUACAGAAAACCGCAACACAUGCACAAUUUAAGCUCCUCUGAUGCCAUGAACCGUGUGGAGCCGGACGAAACGUUCUCACCAAAAACUAAAAAGAAACUAUCCAAAAAACCGUCGUUCAUUAAAAACGCCGUCCUCGACUUGUUCCGAUCGAAAACGAAAAAUUCCCAAAAAGUAUCUCGACAGAAGUCAUUGUGCGAGAAUGACUUGCAGCAGAGGUACCAGCAACAAGCGCCAGCGCUGAGGCGAGAGAAGUCAGACCUCGGGGAUCUGACCGUUCAUAUGCGGAACACGCAAAUAAGAAACCAAAUGCUGCAACGCAGCAACUCGUCCUCGUGCGAAAAACCCGUCUUGAGACCGAUCCUCAAACGACAGAGCUCAUUCUGCGAUGACAGGAAUGGCUCUAUUUGUACGAUAAGAGAUUACGACGCUAAACCUGUCAUGAAAAACCUGAGAAGACAGAACUCGAUGUGCGAAAUAGAAACCGAACCUAAAGUUACCCCUUUACUGCGUAGACAGAAUUCCCUCAUAGAAUAUAAUAGGAGAGCCGUAUACGGCCCGAACUCCAGCUUUAAUAUGAUUACCAAAAUAGAUCCCAUCUACCAAAGACAGCAGCAAAUAAAACACGAACCAUUUUAUCCUACUCAACCACUACCUCCAGAACCGAUAUACCAAAGCAAAGAACAUAUUGUUUAUGAUCCUAUUCCUAAGCCGAGAAGAACUUACGCUUCUCUUUAUGAUACCUGCAGUGAAAAUCCUUACGCUAGUAGAUCAGAAAUAUCGAACCAAAGCUUCGAAAAUCCCUAUGGGAAUCGAGAGACUUUACCGAUGCCCCUGUUGGAUCCUCCGUAUGUCACAAGGGCGGAGUGUAUAGGAGAUGAUCCCUAUGCUAAUAAACAGGAACUAAUGGAAAAUCCUUACGCUAUAAAACAUGACGUAACAAGAAAAAGCGAACCUCUGUAUAGCGAAUUACCGUAUGCCAGUAAAGAGCAAAUGCUAAGGCAAAGAAUGACAUCAGAAAGUCCUUACGCAACAAAGGAAGAUAUGUUGCGUCAACGAUUUUCAGAGUCUCCAUACAAUACUAAAGAAGAAAUGCUUAAACAAAGAAUGGAUGGUACAUACACGUGCAAAGAACCAAUUUAUGGUAAACGAACUUACGAACCUCCCCCGAGUACAUCUUGGUCCGAGAAUCCUUACGCUGUUCGACCAGAUCGAAGAUUACAGACGCCGGUUAAUUAUCCGGGGAGAAUUUCCCCUAUGAGUAAAAGUAUGAGUGAACCGCCCUAUGCCACUAGAUCUGAAAUGAUCGGAAGAGUAGGCCAAACCGAGUCACCAUACUCUAGUAGACCAGAAGUCAAAUCAAGUUGUUCUGAUAAUAAUUAUGGUAGCAGAAAUGAUUCUUUCGACUUUCUUCAACAAAUAAGACCUGCGUCUGCCGAAUGUACGUAUGUGACUAAACAAGAAAUUUUGUCGCAAAAAGCUGCGUUAUUGGCAAAUAAAGAACAAAUCUACGGUAGUAAAUUGGAAGAGAAGUUAGAAGUUAUCAAACAAAGAAAUCAAGCGAAGAAAGAAAAGAUUUAUCAAACUAGGCUUGAAGCUAAUGAGAGCGAUUCUAUGAAAAGUAGAGAACCUUUGUAUGUCUCAAAGAGAGAGUUAAAAGAUAGUGUUAUUUAUGAGUCGCAGCAGGAAGCAAAAGAUGUACCGUUACCCGUAAGCCAAGAGGGUAGUGCAAGAAAUAGCCCAUAUGAGCUGAGCGAUGCUAAUCAUUUAGUGCGCCGCGAACCGUUGUAUCAGACAAAAGCGGAAGCAUUAAACGGUGAAAUCGAAACGUUCCAAGAGAUCGAUUUCUCGAAAUUGAGGUUGACAGAGUCUAAAACUGAUGCAGAGAAAGAAAAAUCAUUGAAUGCGGAAAACAAAAUUUUAAAAGGUGAACCUUUAUAUGCACCCAGAUUACACGGUAAAGCUGUCGGGCAUAUUUCAAAUGCGCUUAAAGUUACGUCAUCUCCCGUGCCUUAUGAGUCCACGACAUCUAUGGAGACUCAUUACGCCUCAGAAUGUAGCAUGAACUUUGAGAACAAACCGCAUAGCACUCCAUAUACCUCACAAGACAUAGCCGAACGUGCGGCCAAGACUAAUCGUACAGUAACUUUUUGUGAACAAAUACUUGAAAAGAGUCCAGAAAACAGUCAAGAUAAUUCCGAAAACGCAUCAUCGAGUAGAAAUGAAACUACCGUUAUAAGUAACGACGAUACAGUAGUCAAUGCUGAGACGUCAGAGGCGAAUAAUUCUGCUAACAAAACAGCGGAAGUUGAACCCGAUGGUCCUCAAACAACUUGGGGAAUAUUCGAUAGCGAAGGUGGCGUGUUAGAGGAUAGGCAUUGGGGCGUGUCCCUGAUAAUUCCCCCGAAAGCAAUCGCUCCGGGGAUCAAGCAAAAGAUCUAUUUUACCGUGUCCGAUCCACGACUGAGCCAGCGCGUGGGGGGACCUCCCAUCGAUAUGGAUAACGGUGAAGCGAUGCUGUCCCCACUCGUGAUGUGCGGACCUCAGGGUCUGGUGUUCCUCAAGCCGGUGACCCUGCGGUUGCCGCACUGCGCAAACGCCGUCCCAUCCCUAGGUCUCACCAUCAAGGCCACGGACACCGAAGCCCACCUCAGCACUGACUGGGAUCAGAUCCACUUACCCGCCACGACUACCUUGAACACUGUUGCGGUCAAAGUUGACCACUUUUAGAUAAACACAAUGAUUUUUUUAAACUAAAUUAUUAUGGCCUGCGCGGAAGAUGGAAUUUUUUGUUUGGAAUUCUCAAAACACCCACCUUAUUUUAAUAGAAUUAAUAAUUGUCGUUAAAAUAAUAAAUAAUGUAAGUAUGUGGUGCUAGAAUGUGACAAUU